AUGUACAUCACCCUCUACUACAUAGUCACCCGGCUCCCUGACACUCUCCGCGUAGUCAGGGACCACUUCCUCUCAGUUUGCCCCACCACUCUCACCGUUGACCUCCUUGAGAAGGCCCUCCUAGCAGCAGAGAAGAGUAUAGUCGCUGUAGGAGCCUCUCGUGCGCUGCGUCUGCCCCGAGCGGGAGACGCCGCACCGGCAAGGGCAAGGGGGACAAGGGCGCUGGAGGGCUUGGAGGGGGCGGUGGAGGUGGUGGUGGAGGCAGUGGAGGGAGUGGGGGUGGUGGUGGGAGUGGUGGCGGGGGUGGUGGCGGCGGCGGCAGCAGUGGAGGCGGCAGAGGCGGUGGUGGUGGCGGAGGGAGCGGAGGCGGCGGAGGUGGCGGAGGAGGCGGAGGCGGAGGAGGCGGCGGAGGCGGCGGCGGCGGCGGCAGUGGUGGAGCAGAUCACGACUCUGCGCAGAGGAGUGGCAUAG